UUGUGGGUGUUCUGCUGGGUGCCGAGGCGCGCUCGGAUCGAAGGUAAGGAACCGAGCGGCACCAUCGAGGGUUAAUAAUUUUAAACGGCGACCUUUUUAAAGCGAGAGGGAAAGGAGAGAGAGCGAAAUAAGGAAAAAAAUUCCACUGGCUGCAGUUUAAAAAAAAGCGGCGAGCUUCAGCGCUGCUUCUAACCUUUACCCGAUGUGUACCUCGCCACACAGGUUCGGCGGAGCGGAGCACCGGACCGGAGGGUUUUUAUUUUAAAGUGUAUAUAACAUUUUUAAUCCGCCUGUCAACGCGCCAACGCUCGCGAGAGAGAAAAAAAAACACACACACAAAAAAAAAGACACACGAAGCGCGCCGGCCCGGACCAUGUCGGUGAGGGAGACGUUCAACCCUGAGAGCUACGAGUUGGACAAGCACUUUCGGCUGAGCCGCUUCGCCGAGCUGAGGGGAACUGGCUGCAAAGUGCCGCAGGAUGUCCUGCACAAGCUGCUGGAGGCCCUGCACGACAACCACUACCAGGACGACGAGCAGUUCCUCGGCGCCGUCAUGCCCCGGCUGGGUAUCGGGAUGGAUACAUGCGUUAUUCCUUUAAGACAUGGUGGUCUUUCUCUGGUUCAGACAACUGAUUAUUUUUAUCCUAUUGUUGACGAUCCGUAUAUGAUGGGUCGUAUUGCUUGUGCCAAUGUCUUAAGUGAUCUUUAUGCCAUGGGUGUCACAGAGUGUGACAACAUGUUGAUGCUGCUUGGAGUCAGCAAUAAAAUGACAGAUAAGGAGCGGGACAAAGUAAUGCCACUAAUAAUACAGGGUUUUAAAGAUGCAGCAGAUGAAGCAGGUACAUCAGUUACUGGUGGGCAAACGGUACUAAACCCUUGGAUCAUUUUAGGAGGUGUGGCCACUACAGUCUGUCAACCGAAUGAAUUCAUCAUGCCAGACAAUGCAGUACCAGGCGAUGUAUUGGUAUUAACAAAACCACUUGGGACUCAAGUAGCAGUGGCUGUACAUCAGUGGCUUGAUAUACCAGAAAAAUGGAAUAAGAUUAAGCUUGUUGUCACACAAGAAGAUGUGGAACUAGCUUACCAAGAAGCAAUGAUGAAUAUGGCACGGUUGAACAGAACUGCUGCUGGCCUUAUGCACACCUUCAAUGCACAUGCAGCAACGGAUAUCACAGGCUUUGGGAUUCUCGGGCAUGCACAGAACCUGGCAAAACAGCAGCGAAAUGAGGUGUCAUUUGUCAUCCAUAACCUCCCUGUCCUUGCUAAAAUGGCAGCUGUAAGCAAAGCUUGUGGAAACAUGUUUGGAUUGAUGCAUGGCACUUGCCCUGAAACAUCAGAUGCUACCUGCCCUGCUGAACUCUCCCAGCAAUUUGUAAAUUCCAAACUCCAGCAAGUAGAAACUUUAUUGCUUUUUAUCAACAGUAUGGUCUGCUUAAGGCAUUAUCUGAUUAGUGAGUUUAUCAUGGCAGAAUAACUAUCUAAACUCAUUACGGAAUUGAAAUAGCCUGUGGUUUUCUGGUCGAGACCAAUGGGUUAAAUCCUAAUGAUUUGUUACUUGUGUUUGUCAGUGUCAGUUUUGCUGCUCACAUAGUUCUGGUGCACCAACUUGUUCAAAGAAUUUGUUCAAGCAACUUGUUUUAGUUUACAGAUGGCUUAAAAGCCCAUCAUUGUCAUAGCUCAAUAUCUAAAGCAUGCAUUUACUUGAGGAUUAAUUGAGUUAUGUCUUUUCUUUCAAUGACAUGAGAAAGAAGUCCGUCUCUAUUUCAUUGUUAAUGCUCCCUUAUAAGUAUGUCUGCAAUAGAUUGAAUUCAGCAUCAUUUUGGUUCCAAACAAUGGAGUGGAGUAAACUUGAAAUUGGAGAUUGCAAAGGGUAUUCUAGGGAAGGUUUUUGAAAGUUGGAAAGUGGGCAAAAAUAAGAGUCUGUGCCUUAAAGGCCCCAUUCUAGGAAGCUUCUUAAAAGGAAAGUAAAUAAGUGAAUUUUUCAUUUAAUAUUUUUUGACUAUUGAUACAAUAGUUUUAAAUUUAUUAACAAAUUUACUGUACAAAAAUAUCUCGCCUGUCUUCGAAGCUUCUUAAACUCAAGUCAUAGAAAGGUAAUCCCACAGAUAUGAAUCUCGUAUGAACAGAAAAUUAUACAGUAAAAGCAAUCUGAAUGAAGCAUUCAGACUGGAUCCUACCAAAUGUUUGAAUAAAGCAGCAUUUAACAUGGAUUCAACCCCACAUCAAUCUACCUACACCUUUAGGAACUAAAAAAUAUUAAGAAUACAAUCUGAAUUGACUCUAGCAAUAUUAGUUUAUCCUAUAUAUCAGCUCCCUUUGUAAGCUUGGGAGCUAACUGGGCUGAGACUUUACCAUCAUGCAUAGGAAUUCUGACUAGUUAUGUAUUUCAAUAGAGGGUUUUUGUCUGAAAUAAGCUGCUUUACAGACCAGUAUUGUACUGAAGGUUUUUUGGGGGGGGAAAUGUUGGCAGUUACCUCCAUGUUGAAAUUUGGAGCAGCUUUUGUAAAUGGAGAGACCAAAUGGUGUGAAAGGACUGUAAUCACUAAUUCUAAACUCAAAUAAAAUCUGAAAAUUGUGCUCAGAAGUGUAGGUGUUCGAUUAUAAUUUGGCUUUUUUAUUUUACCCAUGCUUUCAGCCACUUACCUUUAAAAGCUAACAUUCACAGCAACAAUGUGGGAAAUUUGUUUGCAGGUGCAUUUGAUUGAGGUCUUAUUCUGCAUGCAUCAGCUUCUGUGAGGCAUCUAGCAGUCGUUGCUGAAACAAAUUCAUGAUAUUCCACUCAAACCAUUUUCUCCAAAGUUCACAGUAAAUUGUUAACAAAGUACCUACAUCUCCAUACACAAUCCUGAGAUUCAUUUUCUUGCAGGAAUUUACAAAUAACAAAGACUGACAAAUGACUAGUGUGCAAAAGAAGACAAAUUGUGCAAAUAAUUUAAAAAUUUAAAUAAAUAAAACUGAAAACAUGAAUUGUAGAGUCAUUUUGAAAGCAAAUCUAUGACUUGUGGAAUCGUUUCAGUGUUGAGGUGAGUGACAUUAUCCACACUGGUUCAGAAACCUGAUGGUUGAAGGGUAAUAACUGUUCUGAACCUGUACCUCCCGCCCAAUGGUAGUAGCAAUUUUAGAAUGGAUUUGAAAAUGUGGCAGAGUUUAAUCUUGGAGCUUUGAGAUUCCUUGAUCUGAGAUAAUAGCUUUUUUUAAACGACCAUGAAUUCCCAUUCUUGUUUCCAAGGCAAUGGUAAGUAACACUGGAUAACAAAGAUUUUGCUUCCUGAAUACCUUUAGGGGUAUCUUAUGAAUUUUGGGCUACUGAUCAUGAAAAUCGUCAUGAAAUUUCUCUAUCACGCACCAUUUUUAAAAAUAAACUUAUGUUUUUUUAUUUCAAUUCAUAUUUCAAGUUAAUUAAAAUGUUGCUUACAAUAUAAACUGGAAAGUUUCCUAUCUUGUCCAGGCAUGCUUAGGUGGUGCGGCUACUGCAUGGCAGGACAGGUUUUAGUAAUAAUUACAGUAUUGGGUUCAGGACUAAGGGUGGAAUUUGCUAGCACCAGGCAUAAAAAUUUCUAUGAAGAAUUUUGAUAUUUGAGAAUAACUGAUGCCAAGAUUAAGGAAAGCAUUUUUGUUGGUCCACAAAUCAAACAGGUCAUCAAUAACAGGCAAUUUAAAGAAUUUCUAGUGUUACUGGAGAAAAUCACAUAGAACGCAUUCAAGGAAGUUGUUGAAAUUUUUCUCGGCAUCUACAGCGCAUCAAACUAUGUGCAGCUGGUUGGAAGCAUGCUUCAAACAUAUAAAACCAUGAAAUGCAACAUGUCACUAAAGAUUCAUUUUCUGCAUUCUCAUUUAGACUUCUUCCCUGCAAAUCUUGGUGCUGUUAGUGACAAGCAUGGUGAAAGGUUUCACCAGGACAUUGUGGUCAUGGAGAAAAGAUAACCGGGCAAGUGGAAUCCAUCAAUGCUGGCGAAUUAUUGUUGGACACUUAAGCGAGAAGCCUCAGACACAGUACAAAUGAAAUUCAUUAACAAAAUAUUUUUAACUUAGUUGAACAUCAGCACCAUUAUGCAA